AUGAAAAGAAGUCGAUUGCUGCAGAAAUCCUACGGGUGCGAUAGCUGCGGUAAAAGCUAUUCACGUUCCGAUCACCUCAAAAGACACAUCAGGAGCCACGGCCGCAGCAGGACGCAAUUCGUGUGCGGUGUUGACGGGUGCCAAAGAUCAUAUGUCAACCAUGAAGCCUGCCUGGAGCACAGGGCAAUGCAUAUAAGGAAACUAGAGGAUGGGCAUAUAUACGUAAAGGGUUUCCUGGUGGAGAAACAUAUCGCAGAAGACGUAACGUCGUUCGUUUGCCCAGUACAGGGUUGUAACAAGUUGUAUCAAUCGUAUGGGGGGAUUUCGAGACAUAUCGCACGCAAUCAUUCGGGAUCUCUCAUAUGUGGAAUCGACGGCUGCACGCGUUCAUUCGAGAACAAAGAGCCAUUGGAGGAACACCGGAAGAAACACGAACAACAGUCCGAUCCAGGAAUAUGCUACAUAAAGGGGUAUGCGGUGAAGAAGAUCGAUAAAGAGGACGGCACGGUUCUAAUCUGCCCCUUCGAAGCCUGUUCGUCGUCUUGUCAUUCAACAUCGGGAAUGACAAAGCACAUCUCAAGGCAUAUUUCCCAAAGUAGUCUCGUAGACGACAUAGCAAAGGAGCCUCCAGCGUUCCUAUGUCCCCACGAGGGUUGUGGGCGAAUAUUCACAAAGGUUGGUGUAUGCAUUCGGUCGCACGAUAACUUCUUAUGUGACACGAUCUCAUACCGCAUCGCUUGUCAUGCCGUAAAUAGUACAUUCUGCCAAUAG